GCGCAAAGAAGUUUCACUUCAAUUUCCAUGUCUCUUUGAUUAAAGAAUGGGGUUCUGGCUUCAGGUGGAUUUACCGACGGCAGAUGAUUAAUUACUUCUGAAAUCUCCAUGUCUCCUCGAUUAAAAUAUUGUGUCCUGUCUUCAGGUUUUUCUGUGGCAGAUAGACGAUUAAUUGCUUUCAUCCUCACCAUGUCCCCAGGAUUAAAGAACUGAGCUCUGUCUUCAAGUUCGUCUGAUGGCUGCAGAUGAUUGACUGCUUCCGUCAUCUCCAUGUCUCCCUGAUUGAAGAAUUGAGUUCUCUCUUCAGGAUCGUUUAUCGGCUGCAGUCGAUUGAUUGCCUUCGUCAGUUCCAUUUCACUUCUGUCUAAGUUGUCUCCAGUGGGAGGACUUAAGACUGAUGGAAUGUGGUCAGUGAUCUCCACUGGAUCAUGCAAAAACUGAGUUUUUUCUUCGGCUUCUGAUCGUGGGAGAAUUGAUGACUUCCAAUUAUCGGAUUCUAACACAUGGUUGUCGAUCGAGGGAAUUCGUUCAUUACUUCUCAUGUUUACUGAUGAAGAUUCUAAUGCUUUACUACCUUCUUCAUCGUGUAGUAUACUCCAUAUGGAUUUCGGUGCUAAUACUGCCCUAUUGUCAGUCUUAUUCCUUGCUUCCAUGCCUGACAGCACUGAUGACAGGGCUUCUGUUAUCUUCAUGCAGAAUUUAGGCGAACUGGGGGGUAUCCUCUGAGACCGUUGCGACAGGGGAAUCACUUCAUUUGUUGCUUCUGAUAAGCAGGCGAUGGGAUUAAUUGCAAUGUUUUCGUUGUCGAGAAGGAGCUCGGGAUGCCGGUUGAUGAUGUGGGGACCAACGAAGUUUAGCUCCACCACCGGCGUCCUCGGGUGUUCGAAGAUUAGGGAGGAGUCAGAGUCAUUCAGAACGGAGGGAGCGAACGGUACGGGCGCUGACUGGAGCGGCAUAAAAAAUGAUGAUUAUCGCUAUUCUUCACUUAUCAACCAUUGGUGACGGUUGGUAGCGUCCUAAAUUCACUAAUUUUCACAAUUUUCUCGGACAGCAGCAGAGCGGGAAUGAUAUAUUUUCACCAGCACGCAAAUAAACGAAUAUAAACACAAGAAUAAAACAUAAUUCCUAGCGGUAGCGCCAUGAACUAAAACGGAACAGGUACCUGACAGUAAAACAGGUCGCGAACAUCUGGUUAUCUGGGGUCGAUGGAAAUAGAGCAGGUAAGGUAACGACCUAAUGUACCAUCUCUAUUGAAAAGCACCCUAACCUCAAAUAAAGAGUAUUUGUAUUUGUUCACGUAUUUCAAAACAAUUAACAUUCCACUGGGAGAAAGAUAUGCAGUAACAUGUCCAAGGGUUUCGUUCACUCAAUUCCAGUUCCCAGAUUGUACAAAAUAGCUGCCAAAACUGUGCGUCAGGUGACUGAGGAGGGAGCUAGCCUGAAACAAUUGAUCUACGAAAAAAAACACCCGAAUCUCAAAGGAGUCUACGCCCUAGCUACAACAACGCUCCACAAUGGAGGAAAACUGAAUGAAAUUAUUCGAAAAAGCCAGAUAUUGUUCAAAGAGCCACGUUUCGAUCCCUGGCUAGCUCGCGUCCUCAUAACUGAAUUGAUAUGGGGAAAAGGAGUCCUAAAAAAUGAAUCAAAACCAGUUCAAACUAUUCUAACCUAUGAACAGGAAAUUCGUCAACAUUUGCAAGACCAGGGCCCAGAGCCACCCGAAAAAUGGCCCAAACAAAAAGCUCAGAAACCCAGAUAUAUUCGGAUUAAUACAUUGGUGAAGAGCGUUGAGGAUGCGAUAGAGGGGUUCCAGGAGGAUGGAUAUGAGCUUUUGCCUAAACCUGAUACGUAUGAAGAGUUCCUACAUUCUCUGAAGAGUCUGGGGAACUGGUCUUAUCCAGUAUUCAUCCAGGAUUUUCACGUUAAUGAGUUGUUUGCUUUUCCUUCGGGAACCCAUUUCUAUGCUCAUCCUGGGUAUCAAUCCGGAGCUAUUGUAUUGCAGGAUAAGGCCAGUUGCUUACCAGCUUAUCUAUUGAAUCCUGAACCAUGGUCGACGGUGCUCGACAUGUGUGCCGCACCUGGGAUGAAAACAACGCAUUUGGCAGCGAUACUCCAAAACAGAGGAAAAGUCUUAUCAGUUGAGAGGAAUGAACGUCGCUAUCAAGUCCUAUGCGACAUGAUCGCACAUGCUAAUGCGGACUGCGUCGAAACGCUUCAUCUGGACGCAUUGACACUAACUCCACAAACUUGUGGAGAUGUGGAGUAUAUUUUGGUCGAUCCCAGUUGCUCUGGAUCAGGUAUGGAACGUUCUGAAUUCGAAGACAAUCAAGACAGAUGUACUCCCGAUCGCCUGAAGCGUCUCCAAUCCUUCCAAGUCCUUCUUCUUCGCCACGCGCUAUUCAACUUUCCAAAAGUCAAGAGAGUCGUCUACAGUACCUGCUCUAUAUACCCCGAAGAGAACGAAAUGGUUGUGGAUGAGAUAUUGGAGGACAUUGGCCAGGCCUAUAACUUAGUUCCGGUCAAAGAUUUAUUGAAAGGCCAAUGGAUCAAUUUCAGUUCUCAAGACUAUCAAUGUCGAGACAGUUGUUUGUACGCGAAGUCGGAUGUUGACCAAAGCAAUGGGUUCUUCGUUGCAGUAUUCGAUAGAAAUCCAGAGGUCGCUCUCAGCCAACAUAAGAAGAAAUACGGAAAUGGCAGGUCAACAAGAAAAAAUGGGGAGGAAACUAGGAUUGACGAAGGCACUGAUAGCACUGGUAGAGAUAACCGAUACCAGAAGAAGAGGAAGAACAAGGGACGUGAAGAUAUAAACGAUGAUGAUUAUGGGGAGGCAGAUAUUGACAGGGGUUCGAAGAAACGAAAAGUUCCAGGAGUUGAAACGAGUGAAAACUAUGAGAGUCAAGGGCAACUUCCAGAUCACGAGCUUGCGGAGGAAAAUCUAUUGAGUGAGGAGAGGGCCAACACGAAAUCCAAGAAGAAACGUAAAAAAGAUAUUGUACAAGAGGAAGUGAACCUUCCCGAGGGUGAAUGCGAUAAUGGGGAAACGGUGGGGGAAAUUGGCGCAUUGGAAAGGGAGAAAAAGAAGAAGAGGAAAAGAAAACAUGAGAAAUCUGAGGUCGAUGCAAUGAGUGGAGAUCAGACAGAUCAAAAAUUCGUGGACAAUAGGCUGGAUAAUUGUGCAGAGGAAGCGGAUGAGAGCCCAGUGCCUGCGAAGAAAUCGAAGAAAAAAAAAUCAAAACACGGGAAAAAUGAAAAAAAAUCAACGGAGGAAUACACCCGAAGCUAUACGAAUUCUCUACAUGAAGGCCAUGUACAAGAUAAUGUGAGUGAUCCUGAGAAAACCGAGAAACUUGACGGAUCUAAAAAGAGGAAAUCGAAGAAGAAAACGCUACAGGAAGAAUUAUCAUUGUUGGAGGUUAAUUCCGUCGCUGUCCCGGAAGUUGGAAUUGAUGAUGAGCUAGUUGAUUCGGUGAAAACGAAGAAGAAGAAAAAGAAAAAGGAUCAAAAAUGUUAAUGUCAAUGUGGAAGAGACCUCGAAGUAAAUUUGUAAUACUUAAACAUCUAUAGAAUUAUGGUAAUCUAUGGUUCCGUUAUGACGAAGUACUACAAUUUUAUUCUAGAGUAAAAAUAUAAAUCUGUUCCAAUCCGAA